GUCUGUGAUUGGUCCGUUUCAAUCCUCGCGGGCUACUUGAACUGAGAGAAAGCAACAUCUCUCCGUGUCUCUGUAUAGAUGGACCGAGGCUAGCGAGCGUCCCUGCAGCCUCGCAGUUCCGAGUGUCGUUGCCAUCUCAACAGCUUAGUUUUGACUGUGAACGGUAGCAGCUAACUUAACGUAACGUUCACUAGCCUCGAUAUAAUAGUCCGAUCUCUUGCAGCUUAAACACGCUUUUUACGUGUUUGUUUUUUAUAUCAUACAACAGCACACACCAGCUGUAGUAUCUUCACGUGGAGAGAGGGCAUUUUUUUUUGUUUUGAGGGGAAACAUGUCAGGAGCUAACAGAGGACAGGGAAGCGCGGCGAGCGACUUCCACAACCAAGAAAACAUGCUAUCAAGACUGAGAGGCUCCAUAAAACCCCGAGCUGUUGCUGCUGAGAACCAAGAAAACCUUCCACCGAAACAAGCCGCCGCCAGAACCGUCCUGGGAGCCCUGCAGAACAACCAGCGGAGCAAAACUCAGAACCUGCGCGGCACGAAACAGGAGUCAUCACAGCCUUUGUCCUGUAAAAAUGAAGACUCUGGCAAAAGCUGCUUUGAGAAACCAUCCUCCAAGCAGCCUGCUUUCCAGAUCCACGUGGAUGAGCCUGAUGGCGCAUGCACCAAGAAGCAGCGGCAGCCGGUGGUCGAAGCUGUCAAAUCAAAGUGCAUCUCUGAGGACUCUCCCCUGGCAAUUGACAAUGCUGUGGCACGGCUUCGACAGCCCCUGGCCACAAUUGAUAUUCCAUCAGCAAUGGAUGUCAGUUUUGACUCUCCCAUGGACAUGUCUGUGGUUGAGGGGGAGGAGAAACCUGUCAAUGUAAAUGAAGUCCCAGAGUAUGCUGCUGAAAUCCACACAUAUCUGAGGGAAAUGGAGGUUAAAAGCAGGCCUAAGGCAGGCUACAUGAAGAAGCAACCUGACAUCACAAACUGCAUGAGGGCCAUCCUGGUGGACUGGCUGGUCGAGGUCGGAGAAGAGUACAAGCUUCAGAAUGAGACACUUUAUCUUGCUGUCAACUACAUCGAUCGAUUCCUCUCUUCAAUGUCUGUCCUGAGGGGGAAGCUUCAGCUGGUUGGGACUGCCGCUAUGCUGUUGGCUUCGAAAUUUGAAGAAAUCUACCCCCCUGAGGUGGCAGAGUUUGUUUACAUCACUGACGACACUUACACCAAGAAGCAGGUGUUAAGAAUGGAGCAUCUGGUGCUUAAAGUGCUGUCCUUUGAUCUGGCAGCGCCAACCAUCAACCAGUUUCUCACCCAGUACUUCCUCCAGCAGUCUGUUAACAAAAAGGUGGAGAGCUUGGCAAUGUACUUCGGGGAGCUCAGCCUGGUUGACUCGGAUCCUUUCUUGAAGUACUUGCCAUCACAAACAGCUGCUGCAGCCUACACCCUGGCCAACCACACAGUGUCUGGUGGCUCAUGGCCCAAGUCCUUGAUAGAGAUGACUGGCUACUCCCUGGAAGAUCUGAUGCCCUGCAUCGAGGAUCUGCACCGAACUUACCUCAACGUUGCUCAACACGCCCAGCAGUCUGUCAGGGAGAAGUACAAGGGCUCCAAGUACCAUGAAGUUUCCCUCAUCGAAGCUCCCUCGACAUUGAUGUUGAACUGACUGCGUCCCCUUGUCCAUGAAGACUUGUACGCCCUGUCGUUGUUUUUUUUAAAUGAUGUGCCACAAUUUCAAAUAACAUAACCUGCUCUUCUUGGAGUAGCGCAGAUGUUUAGAUUUUUUUUUAAUUGUGUUUUUUUAUAUACUAAAUGAUACAGUUGGUUAAUCAGGCAGUUUUAAUGGUUUGACUUUUAAUCAGACAGGUCUUUAUCACCACUCUGUAAACAUGCUGCUUUCAUCUACAGUGUCUCAUUAGACCUGUGAAGGUACUCAAACCCAGAACCUAACUCCAGCUUUUCCACUUUUUUUAAGGGUUGAGUUUUCUCCUAAGCAGUUAUUGUUGCUGGUUUGCCUUUUUCAAAAGGUGUAACCUACAAAUAUUUGGCCUUGUGGGAUACAGAUUAAAGUUUUUGUCUGUCAUGGAGUCAGCUGUCUCAUUACAUGGGUCUCUGGGAAGUCAACAGAUUUUUCCAGGCAUCUUCUGCACUGUAAAAUAUGGCUCUUGUAAAUAAAAUUCAUUUAAAGAUUUUA